AUGCCAAACAGACUCUUUUAUGGACAGCCCACGCAGGGCAGGCGCUCCCAUGGAGGUCAGAAGAAGCAAUACAAGGACACUUUCAAGGACUCUCUGAAGAACGUGGGAAUCAGUCGUGAGACACAGGAGACACUGGAACAGAGCCACCCAAGGCAGGCCGAGGCAAAGCAUCGGGUUUUCACAGCCUCCUCUGUCCCCCAAGAGACAGCAGAUGGAGCGUUUGGCACCUCAUCUGCGCCUGGCGAUAACCAGACCCUGCAGCCAGCAGUUCUGGAAGGGAUGCCAGCGGUCCAGGGUAGGGAGCGGGGGAGUGGAGGGAGGAGGGGGAGUGCGGUCCUGGGCGCCUGGGGCUCCGGGCGGGGGCGGCGGGAGCAGCUGCGCAGAGCGAGGCGCCUAGAACCCGAGCGGACUAGCGAUCUCAGCUCCGCAGUACCAGCCUCGGCCCUGUCCUUCCUGGCGUUGCACCCGCAAACCCUGGGCACCCUGAACCCACAGACUCAGGCGUCUGGGCUGCCCACUCCCGGAGGGCCCGGACAAGCCAUGGACAGUCCCCAGGAGCUGCAUCAGCCCUUGCUUGGGUCACCACCUGAUGGAUCCCCUGUCGUGGAGCCCCCCAACUCCAAGUCCCCCAGCUCCAAGCCCCCCAGCUCCAAGCCCCCCGGCUCCAAGCCCCCCAGCUCAGCCCCAGGGCCAAAGCCAAAGCGGGCCCAUCGCAAAGACAAGGUCAAAGAGAUGCUUCAGCUGCCCACUGUGAGCUUGGGACUGCUGGAGCCCAAGAACCCCGAUCUAGAGGAUUGCUGGUCCAGUGACAGUGACUAUGAGGGAAUGGGGGUUGGCCAGUUCACCCCACUGCUCUCUCGGGAUUAUGUGGGCCUGGCAGUCUUCUCCAUCCUCUGCUGCUUCUGGCCUUUGGGCAUAGCAGCCUUCUCUCUUGCCCAGAAGACUAACAAGGCCUGGGCAGCAGGCGAUGUUCGGGCAGCCGGGGCGUCUGCCAGGCGGGCUUUCCUGCUGGCUGUCCUUGCCAUUGGGCUGGGGGGUCUGCAUCUACACAGCAGCCCUGGUCACACUGGCCACCUACCUGACCUCUGGAGAUUCCCUCUAGAGGCUCAGACACCUGUGGGGCCAGUGGGGUCUUGAGUCAUGACAGCAGCCAGGACCUCAAGGACUCCCCACCCCCACCUACCCCAUUCCCCAUCCC